AUGGCAGAACAACAGGAUGCCAACGACCCGAGGCGGCGACAGACACGCGACCACAACAACUCGAUAGACACCCUCACUUCGCGACAACAGCAACACGAACACGAACCACCACCAACACCACCACUGCCAGACGACGACGACGAUGGCCUCACCACCGACACCGAUAGCGACACCGACGAUGACAUGCGCGUCCCGACCAACGUAACAAAUGCCGCCCCAAAUCCAGUCCCGCAAAAGCCAACCAAGCCCGGCAAGCUGGCCGCCAUAGCUGCGAAGCUGGGUCUCGAUGUGCCAACAGUCCUCAUGAUGUUCAAGUACGUUGGCCCAUGGCUCAUAAGACCAAAUACUAACACCAUCCGAGGCUCCCUUCCCCCUACAAUCGGCAUCGCCAUGUGCCAGGCCCACUCGAUCGCCAUCUACUUCGGCACCGUGGGCUACCUCGUUCCCAUCAUCUCCGUCAUGGCCAUUGCCAUCCUCCCCCGCGGAAAAUUCCUCAUGAACAUGGUCCUCAACCUUGUCGCCGUCUGCUUCGGCUCCGCCAUCUCCAUGCUCGCCCUGUUCACCGCCGUCAAAGCCCGCCAACAUACCACACCCCAAGACGCCCCGCUUUCCCCGUCCCCGACUUACAACUCGAGCCAGUCUGCUGUGUGUGCCGUUUGGCUGUUCUUCAAUAUCUGGGUGGGAAACGUGGUGAGAGCAAAGAUGCCGGCCUUUAACCUCCCCAUCAUUGUUUACAGUAUCUUGGUCAACAUCGCCGCCACUUCCGGCCCCAUCAUGACCACCAUGACCGCCGCCAAGCACUUUGUCCAGCAGCUGGCGACAGCCAUGUUGCUCGCUUUGGCUAUUGCCCUGGCUGUCAACCUCCUCGUCUUCCCCGUCAGCAGCCGCCUGGUCGUUUUCAAGGAGUUUGCUGGCGCCAUGGGCCUGCUGAGAAAGACGGCUUCCCUGCAAAAGGCUUACCUGGCCAGUCUCGAGUCGGAGGAUAUGUUCGCGCCUGCUACGAGAACUGAUACCUGGGCGAGGAAGGAGGCCAAAAAGGCCAAGAAAGCGAAUAUAAAGCCAAGGAUCACCAAGGAGGCCAAGGCCGCGAGGGCGUUGGCCGAGACGGCCGCUGCCCUACGAGAGCUCUCCGGAAAGUUGCAUGCCGAUAUGGGAUUUGCGAAAAGAGAUAUUGCCUGGGGAAGGCUGGACGCCACAGAUCUCAGCCACAUGUUUACGCUGUUGAGGAAUGUGUACAUUCCUGUUUUGGGUAUGACCACCAUCAUCGACAUUUUCAAGCGCGUCUCCGAGACCCAGGGGUGGUACACGGAAGAAGACACGCCACCCGAGGUGGUAGCCGAGAAGGAGAUCGAAAAGCGAGUAUGGAACGAAGUAAUGAAGCAGAUGCACGAGCCCUUCGAAAUCCUCUCCGAAGCCAUCGACAAAGGUCUCCAACACGCCGCCCUCCAGUUGGACCUCACCCCGCGCCCCAAGAAAUCCAAAACUGCCGACAUCGAGGAAAAGGCCGGUCAGCCGCUCCAGCCUGGCGAUUUGGGAUAUGCUCAGGUCAUUCAUGAAAAGAUGACAGCCUUCUACGCCAAGAAGGGUGAGCUUUUGAAGAUUUGGGUCAAGGAAAAGGGUCUCGUCUACGACGAAGAAGGCUUCACAGCCCACGACCAAGUCCCUCUCGAGCGCCAAAAGCGCGACCAAGCCCAGCUCAACAUUCUGCUGUACAUGGAAAACCUCAUGCACGCCUCGGGCAACGCCGUCUACGAGUUCGCUGCGUACGCCGAUUCCAAGGUCGAAGACGGGACCAUGUCGCGCAAGCGGUUAAUCAUGCCAGGUUUCAGGAGAUUGGAGAAGUGGUUCCUUGCUGUUUUGCGGAAUGAGGACUCAACAGCCGAGGGAUCGCCUGACCUCUCGGAAAGCAGCAACACCAUUGUGAGCUUUGGCGAUGGUUUCAACAACAGGAAGAAGGAUCCCGAACACCUCCCGCCCGCUACAGCGUGGGAACGCUUCGGCAACCGCCUCCGCAAGAUCGACAAGUUUUUCGGGUCAGAAGAAUCCGUUUUCGGCUUCCGCGUCGCUUGCGCCACCAUGUCCAUCGGUAUCGUCGCCUACCUCAAAGAAACCCAAGCCUUCUUCCGCGAGCAGCGCCUAGUCUGGGCUAUGAUCAUGGUAGCCAUCGGCAUGACCAUGACCUCUGGUCAGUCGCUGUUUGGCUUCAUCUGCCGUACAUGUGGUACGGUGGUGGGCAUGGUUUUGUCACUGAUCGUGUGGUAUAUCGUUGAUGGACACCCGCCGGGUGUCAUUGUCUUUUUAUUUUUGAGUAUCUUCCUGUGUUACUACUUCUUUUUGAAGUAUCCCCGGUUUAUGCCGGCGGUUAUGAUUACCGUUGUGACGCAGGUCAUGAUUAUCGGGUAUGAGUUGCAGGUGGGCAUGAUUGGAAGGGCGGCAGCCGAGAGAACGGGGCAACCUGUAUACGAAAUCUACCUCCUGGGCCCCUACCGCCUCGCUUGCGUCGCUGGCGGCUGUCUCGUCGCCUUCAUCUGGACCAUCUUCCCCUCGCCACUAACCGAUCGGACCUGGCUCCGCCGUGACCUUUCAGCAACCCUCUACCUCGUUGCCAACUAUUCGUCUAUCAUCAACUCCACCCUACAAACCAAGCUCUCCGACCAAGCAGGCGACGUCAACAUUAAGGGAACCCCCGCCCACCAGCUCUUCAAAUUCCGAUCCAAGAUCUUCGGCAAGCUGAUGAUGCUCAUCCCUUCCAUGUCUCAGCACUCGGAGUGGCAGAAGUGGGAACCCACAAUUGGUGGCAGGUUUCCUAGGGAAGUGUACGAUGAAAUUAUUCUCAGGAGUAAUCGCAUCGUGGCCUAUCUGACGCUUAUGAGCUACACAAUUACGAACCCGAUCCAUGCUCCAACCAAGAUAAAGCCGUAUGUUUCGAAAAACCAGAUCGCCAGCCCGCGCGCGUCGUCGGUGGCCGUGUACCCCAAGUGGGAUAAUCAGGUUGCGGAACUAGUCAUGACGCUUGAGCCGACGCAUCAUACUAUCUUGUCGACCUUGACUCUGCUCUCCAACUCCUUACUCUCCGGCCAAAGUCUCCCACCAUUCAUGCCCCUCCCGCGCCCCUACGAAAUUACCCGCCGCCUAAUCCGCCUCGGAACAACCAGUCCACUACGCAGCCACCCCGCAAGCCCUUACGCAUCCGGCGCCGAAUCCGAAUCCGACUCCGAAGACGACGACGACGACGUCUACAACGAGCCAGAGCCAUUUAAGUUGAUGGACUCGCGCUCCGGCGAAGACGACUACGAGCACGUCAAGUACGAAAUCAGCCACCUCUCCUCGCACGGUCACGAUACCCACCACUCUCUCUCCCACGGCAACAACCCUAACGCCAACUCUCCUGCUCAAUCACCCGCCACCUCCCCUUCGGGCUCUGCCCAUCUUGCCUUUUCCUUCCCUCCGGGGCUGCAGGGUCAUUCGCCCACUCACAGCCGCAACCCAUCAUUUUCGAGACCCAGGGCGUUUUCGCCUCCUCACUCUCGCGCUCACUCGCGCGCUCCAUCGCGGGCGCACUCGAGGGCUCAGAGCCGUGCUCGUUCAGUGCAACAAACGAACCAAUCCCUUCUCGAAGGCCUGCUCCAAGACGAACCAGGUUACGCAGAGUUUGCUGUUCUCCAAGUGUGCACGGGCCUCGUGUGCGAUGAUCUCGAGGGGCUGGUGAAGGCGGUUAUUAGUCUCGUGGGAGUAGUGGAUUUCAGUUUCCGCGUGGAUCGGAGUGAGGAGGAGGUGCAUGUGGGGCGGAGGGCGAGUUUGGCGAGGAAGAUGAGGGAGGUGAAGAGGAUGGGGACGAUUGGAAGGGGGAAUAAGGGGAAGGGGAAGGCUAAGGCGCAAUGA